AUGUCGUCUGGCCUCUCAAUAAAAGGAUCAACGAGAACAGUCACUGAAUUCUUUGAAUAUAGCAUCAAUUCUAUUCUCUUCCAGCGAGCAGUGUAUCCGCCGGAAGAUUUCAGUACAGUUAGGAAAUAUGACCUGAAUCUGCUGAAAACGCACGACGACGAGCUUAAAAACUACAUCCGUCAAAUAUUACAGCAGGUACAUCGGUGGUUAUUGGGUGGUAAGUGCAACAAGCUGGUAUUGUGCAUUGUAGAUAAAUCAAGCUGUGAAAUAGUAGAACGGUGGGAGUUUGACGUUCAACACUACGCGCAGCUUCCCGACGGCGACCACGCAAGCAAUUCUAAGCAGGAAGACACACAGCGACAAAUUCGCGCUUUGAUGCGGCAAAUCACUGCAAGUGUCACUUUCUUGCCAGAGCUUGAAAGCGAGAGCGGCGACGAGGAUAACUUUACAUUUAAUGUUCUGGCCUACACGGACGCCAGCGCCAAAGUUCCUUUAGAAUGGGCAGAUUCGAAUCCCAUGGAGGUGGCAAAGGGCAGCGAAAAAGUUGAAUUCAAGAGUUUCUCUACUAAUGAUCACAAGAUCCGAACACAGGUAAGCUACCGGGUUAAUGCAAACUUGAGCUCGUGA